AGGAUUUUCGGAAGCGGCCUUAUCGAAUGGGAAAAUACAUGGAUAAAUUGCGUGCCCACUUACAUGCCUAUCAAUUGCGGUCUGUCCAGUCGAUGUAGUAUUUUCAAAAAGACGUAGGGUCCGCUUAACCCAUGUUGGAUGCAUUUAUUUUCUUUGUGUACUCGGCAUGCUAACAACCCAGAUCUUUCUCAGGCGUGGGCUAACGUACUUUUGAGCCUGCUUCUUUCGACUGUCGAUCAAAUACCCAUACGAACCAGGUUCGUCGGCUUUCUUGGUGGGAUAAGCUAUAUAUUGUUCGAGUCGGACCAAUUUCCGACUCUAUGCCUAUGCGAUAUUAGCUUCAAUAAUUCCUGGAGGAAUAUUCGUGUAAAGAGCAGUCCAGAAUAACUCACUUUGAAGGGGUCUACAAGUGAACGUUGUGUGAGGCCUCAUGAUGAUGGCGGUUCAAUGGGCCGUCUGGGGACUCCUCACUCUUGCGACUCCCAUCUAUGCAUUGCGAACUGUUGCGGGUUCGCCCUGUACAGCCGCUUGCGGCGUAACAACGAACACCACAUCCGACGAGAUCGCCUGCAUUGACUCUUUCUACAAUACCACGGAUACGGGGAAGAAUUUCCAGAAAUGUGUCUCGUGUCUACUUUCGAGUCCUUACCAAAAUACCACUAUCGGAGAGACUGACGUUGACUGGGGAUUGUACAACCUACGAUAUGCGUUCUCUUCCUGUGUAUAUGACUUCCCAGUGAGCGUUACCAACGUGUCCACGCCAUGUCUAGUCUCAUGCACUCCGUUGGGACCAGCACUAAAUCUCCAACUGACCGAACCGGUUGGCAAUUCGCUUGAAAAUUUUUGUAGCUCCACGUCCUUUGCUGACAAUAUUGUUACGACAUGCAACAACUGUUAUGCCUUGACUUCACAACAAGCAUAUCUUGCAAACUUCUUGGAAUCUAUUCGCUAUAACUGCCACUUUCCAACCCCCGGCGGCAUCGCUUUCUCAAUUGCAUCCUCUCGCAUCUUCAACACUACACAGCUACCUACCACCACUGGAUUCUCUACUCCCACAUCCACGUCGUCAGGAACGUCGACAGUUCACAAAUUCUUGACAGUGAUCAUUGUGAUGCCUAUCAUUGGCUUCUUAAUCAUCAUCGCUUUACUGACUUUAUGCUGUUUCUGCCUUGUCCGAAACCGCCGCAAGGCUGCGAAACGGCGCCGUAAUAACAUGCACAACCGCUGGGCUCCGAACGCCUUUAACGCACAGUGGCAACCCGCAUGGGCCGGCUAUCCUAUCUCUGCAUAUCACCAGACCAGCCCUAUGCUCCAGCAACAACAUUACAUGGCUGGGGGCAUGACUCCAUACGGCGCAUUGGUUCCAGGGAGCGGAUUUCAGGUAGUUGACCAUGAUGGCAAGCGGUACGAGGCUGGUUACUCGACCCAUUACAUUUCGCCAGUAAGUCCGGAGGUUACAAAUGCUCAACAACCAUUCCAAUUUGGUACCGAUGUCACACACACACAAGAUAUAAAGCAACCUAUUGUUAAACAGGCCGAAGCAUACCCAGCACCACAACAAGAGCAGCCACAACAAAAGAUUCAAGAGUACUAUCCCCCUCCUGAUGGUCCUCAUGCCACAUAACUACAUUCCGAAACCUCAUGAGAGCUGUUUGAUAUGGUGAUUGGGCGUGGAAAUCAAUAUUUUUGAAGAACAGAGCACGCUUCAGUUGUCAUCAUCCUCGCGCAGUAGCACACUAUUUUGCAUGACCUUUCAGAAUACGAAGUGGUACAUCUCAACUAUUGUUUAAUGUUAAAUCUUUGGAUUUUAAGCGAUAUCCCUGCUGUAUUUAGACGCGUUCUUUAUCCGGAGUUUGGGAGAAAUUCAAGCUUUGCUCUCGUCAUAAACGACAUGAUACAUUCAUGAUAAAUGUUAAAACGCUAAAUAGCAUGAACCAAACUUCGUCAUAGGUAAAUAUAUAUGUAGAAUGGAAACAUCGAUGGCUAUCUAUGGGUCAGAGAGCAGCCAGGCUGGGUCAGGUUCGUCGUCCUCGUCCUCUGAUCGAAAUGUUGCAGGUUGUAGUUCUGCAGACGUCGCAUCCUGCAACAGAUCUGCUGGUGGUUCAUCUGCAUGCUCAUCCUCACUCAUACUGAUCGUAGGAGGGUUGCCUGUUGUGCUAGCGGUAGUUAGGUCUGCACCUUGAGAUUCUCGUCGUUGAUCAGACCCCCUUAAAUUGCUGACACUAUUCCUUGCAGUGGUAGGCUCUGUAGCUACAUCGUUCUCACGUUCGGCGUCCUGUUGACCCAUGUAAUCGAACAUUUGCUUUAGCAUAUCCUGUGCUUCUCGUAAAGCGGCGAGUUCUGCACCAAUGCUGCAUACGAGCAAUCUCCAAUCUUUCUGUUCGGCCAACUCGAGCUUCUCCUCGAUGACACGCAUGGUAGACUCUAGGUCUUCAAUAAUCUUCUUCCCCUGUUCUCUCUUCGCUACUUCCUCGUUAUCAGAAGGUAACCUGGACGACUUCGAUAGCAUGAUAUAUUGUUGCAUUUCGUCCUUUAAUUUCCGUUCAAAACCUGAUAUUUCUUUGACCACGCUCUGCCAUACAGGUCCGCCAUUAUCUAAGGCAGCAAUUUCCAAAUCUACAGCUUCCUGUCUCUUUGCCAAUUCUGAUUGUUCCGUCUGCCAAUGUUCGCGAGCCAUUUCAAGUUUUCGUCUGUUCGGGUGCAAGGAAUAGAAAGAUGACUUUUUAUCAUUCUGCAAAGGCUUGAGUGGAGGCCUUUCCAGAUACUGACGGACUUCUGUAUCGAGAAUCGACAGAGACUCCUUGUAAGACGAGAGCUUGGCGUCCACGGCAUUCUCUAGUCGCGAAACCUCUUGUAUAAUAUGUCGAUGCCUUGCCUUCAUAUCUGCGAGCUCUAACUCCAAUUCCUCAAUUUUGUGCUCUAAACUCUUCGCUUCCCCUUUUAAUUUCCGAGCCCUGUUGCCCUCGCGAUCGUUCUCCAAAUCCGACAACGUCUUCUCGAGCCCGGCCUUCUUGUUAGCAAACGUAUCCACUUCUUCAAUUGCAUCCUGUCUUUCCUGUAUCCGUUCAUGUAAAAGCCGAUUCUCUACUUCUCGGAGACUGAGAAGAUCGCUCAUUGACUGCAAUAUUCCCUUUCGUGCAGCGCGCAAACUGAUCUUCUUCUUCGGCGGUUGUCGAACGGGUAUCAUACGGACGCUUCGCUCUCGGCUUUCUACUGCAGAUACCGAUGAUGCAGAGCUUCCAUUUGAAAAAACAUCAUUAUUCACAUACCCUGGCGAUU